CAGUAUACAUCAUAGUCACGUGACUAUGUGCUGUAUCUGUUAGGGGUGGAGUGGAGCAUCGGGACCAUUCCAUCAGCAGGGAGCAUCAUCGAAAGCGCAAGUAUCUUAGGAGACCAACCGAAUAUUGGCUCACGGGAUAUUUUUUCAAUCUCAUGUAAACCUCAUCUUGCCCCGACCCACCUCAGCCUUUGAAGCUGAGGCCUAUCUUCACUCACCUGUCGUCACCCGCAUCUUGGCUUUGUCAACAUCUCAACGCCCGAAUAGCUGGAUAUCGCAUAUCUGCGCAGCUCCUAACCCCAUCUUCUUUGUUCCCUUCCCAGUUACUGUCCAGUCUUGCCAUUCUUGAUACUUCCAAAAUGGAUCCAACAGAACGCGAGCAGGAAAUGCUGGAAGCUGCGAUCGCGGCCUCGCUGCGAGACUUUCACAAACAGCACCCCGAGUCUUCUUCUCAGUCUGCACCGUCCGAUGGCAAGAAUGAGGCCUCUCAAACUGCUUCAACGUCCCCCUCGAAAUCUUCCCCUUCAUUUGCCAGCCCUUCAAAAAUGUCUAAUCAGCCAAAGCGCUCACCCCAGAUGUUCCCACUACCGGGCAGUCAGGUCGUGGAUCUUACCAACGACUCGGACUCAGACUCGGACGUGAAGGAAAUCUUCCCAAAGUCCAAGUCAGUCAUCUCCUCUGAGACAGACGAGGAACCUCUUGGAGGAAUGCAAGAUUAUUACAGCGAUGACGAUCUGAAGCAAGCAAUUGCUCUGUCCCUAGAAGACAGUCAACAUGGCGUCGAGGUUUCCGGGUUUCCUGGACCUGCGUCUCCUGGGAAGCCAGCGAAAGUCGCCGAGGCAGCUGAACCCGCAGUUUCCAAGCCGCAGGGAAUCUUUGGUAUUGAUCGAAAGCAGAUGGAACAGGAACGUCUUGCUCGCCUCGCAAAGCGCAAAGCUGAGAGCUCCCCUCCGCUUAGCCAGCCGGCUCCAAAGGCCUCCAAGAUCACCGAUCAUCGGCCUCUCUCAUCUGCUCAAGCUUCUUUGCUACAGAGGGCUUCGGUUCCCCAUGCCCACAAUGCCUCUGCCACCAACGACCCCGGGGACCAACCGACGGCUCAGCCGCUCAUGCAAUAUGCCCUCGGAGUUGUUAAAAAGACGCACGUCGCAAAAAAGCUCCGCACCGGGAAGGAUAUUACAAUUGAGGAGGUCUUGCAGCCGGCAGACUUGAAAGUCGCAGUGCUGAGUUCGUUCAUGUGGGAUAUUGAAUGGCUUUUCUCAAAAUUCGACACUAAAAAGACCCGAUUCAUUCUAAUGAUGGGUGCAAAGGAGGAAGCUACACGCAGCCAGUAUCGCCAGGAGACGGCAUCAAUGCGUACUCUGGACUUAUGCUUCCCGCCUAUGGAGCCACAAGUCAACAACAUGCAUUCGAAACUCAUGCUUCUCUACCACCCUGGGUACCUGCGAGUUGCAGUUCCGACCGCAAAUCUCACCCAAGCCGAUUGGGGAGAGAAUGGUCUGAUGGAGAAUACUAUCUUUUUGAUCGAUCUUCCCAGAAUUGAACUCGGGGUAAAGGUUGAAGAAUCCAACACAUCUUUCAAAGAAGAGCUGAUCUACUUCUUGAAAGCUUCCAAUUUGCGCAGUGACGCUAUCCAAGCUCUUGAUGAGUUUGAUUUCAGCAAGACUGCCCGCUAUGCGUUCGUUCACACUAUCGGUGGCUCUCGAACCGGCGAAUCGUGGAAACGGUCCGGAUAUUGCGGGCUCGGCCGUGCUGUGACACAGCUGGGUUUGCAGUCAUCCGGACCUAUCAACAUUGCCUAUGUGGCUUCCUCCAUUGGAUCAUUGACUGAUGAAUUCCUUCGCGCCAUUUAUCUUGCGGCUAAAGGUGAUGAUGGUCUUACGGAUUACAAGCUCCGCAAUACUCGAGAUUCGAGUGCCCAGACCAAUGAUCCGCAGCGUAGAAAAAUGAUCCAGCUGGGCCAAGAGUGGCAGAAUCGGUUCAGCGUGUAUUUCCCUUCGGACCAGACUGUGCGCGAGGCGCACAGGAAUCCCGAACACACAGCAGGGACCGUAUGCUUCUCGUCGCGUUGGUGGCUUGGCGCAAAAUUCCCCCGGGGGAUCCUGAAGGACUGCGAGAGUGAGCGAGGAGUUUUGAUGCACAACAAGAUUAUGUACGUAUGGCCUUCGGAGCCCAUUCAAAUGCCUGACGGCAGCGAAUGCAAGGGCUGGGCCUAUGUCGGCAGUGCCAACAUCUCUGAGAGUGCCUGGGGCCGCUUAGUCAAAGAUCGCACUACGGGCCAACCCAAGCUGAACUGCCGUAACUGGGAGUGCGGCGUGCUGGUUCCCGUUAUCACUCCUGGCGGCAGAGCUAACUCCCAAGCAAGUGAUGCCACCUCUGCCACGAUCGAUGCUGCCCCUAAGAGCCAACUCCAGCCACAGCAGCUCCUAACCCAGAUCUUCCAGGAUACCGUUCCUGUUCCAAUGAAGCUUCCCGGCGGAGACUUGACAGAGAGUCGCGCUCCAUGGUUCUUCCAGGGCUAAUUGUUUCAUGUGGAUAACUUUACCAUGCGUUGCACCAUGCAUGACUUUCUUCUCGUGCUCUCAAGUUUAUUCGGUUUCAAAGAUUCUGGUUACUAUCCGGCGUUGUCAGGAACUGGGUUUGGCGUCCGCAGUGGGAAAUGGACUCCCUUGUUGUCUUUCAUUACAUAUGGCAUGACGCACAAACAUAGAGAAUAGCACUAAAUUUGUACACAGGAAUCUUCAGUAGACAAAGAACAACAAGAUAGCUUUGAAAGUGAAAAUGAUUAUAUCAUCACUCGGGAAUUCUCGCUGGAUUCCCACUUUGCUAUGC